AUGCGCGCCAGCCUCGGCGCAGGCACUGCGGGAGGCGGCCUGUGCCGCCGCCGGCUGAUGACGUCAGCGGAAGCGAGGAGGGGUCCUUUCCCCGUGGCCGCUCGCCCCAAGGUGCCUGCGGAGCUCGGCGCGGGCCGCGCGGCGGGAGCGGCGCGGGGGCGGCGGGGUCGGUGGCAGCUCUCAGGAAGGAGGAAACAGAAGCUUGCCAAAGAGAGAGCAGGACUUUCCAAGUUGCCUGAUCUGAAAGAUGCCGAAGCAGUUCAGAAGUUUUUCCUUGAGGAGAUUCAGCUUGGAGAGGAAUUACUAGCUCAAGGUGAAUAUGAAAAAGGUGUUGAUCACUUGACCAAUGCCAUUGCUGUGUGUGGGCAGCCGCAACAGCUACUACAAGUUCUACAGCAGACUCUUCCACCACCAGUGUUUCAAAUGCUUCUAACUAAGCUCCCUACAAUAAGCCAGAGAAUUGUAAAUGCACAGUGCUUGGCUGAAGAUGAUGUUGAAUGAGGUCACACCACAACAGGGGAAAAAAAGUUUUCUUACCCCAGAAGAUGAGCAUCAGUAGGGGGAUAAAGGGGCAUAGUAGUUAAUGGACUGUGUACCACAUCGGGUUCUACCAGAGUUAAAAUUAACUUUGUGUAGGUGGGUUUCGCAGGAUUUUAUUUAUUAUCCCAGUGAAAAGUGUAUUUUGAUAAGAAUUCAUUUUAUAAAUACACUGUGUUGAGUUAUCAAAGUAUCACUAACUUCAUUAUUAUUAAAAUACACAGUUGUAAUGUUGUACAUAUGCAGACAUAAAACUACGACCUAUUAAAAACCCAAUGCUCAUUUUUGAAAAAACGAAGUUAUGGCAAUAAAAAUUUAUCUCCA